AGCACCGUUGUAUGAGUGAUUCAGACAUCUCCGCUCCACUCCACUCCCAUGGCUCUGCUCUUUCCACGCUCCUGCGCCUUCUCUCGCUUGCCUCCAGCCACAUCGAGGAGCCCGCUCAGCUGCCGCAGGAGGAGAUCGGCUCUCCUCGUCCGAUCGUCGUGGCAGGAGCUCGCAGGGGUCCUCGUCUUCUCCGCGAUCCCUUUCACCGCGGUGAAGGCCCUGGCGAAUAGCGCUCUGGGGGAGAAGCUUCGCCGGCAACUUGAGGAAACCAAGGCGGAUGCGUUGGAGAAAUCGAGGAGGUUCGAAGCCCGUGCUCGGAAGGCCAGAAAAGCAAGUUAUUGGUAUGGGAGAGAUCGUCCUCGCUGGCUUGGGCCUAUCCCAUAUGAAUACCCAUCUCACCUUACUGGAGAUCUUCCUGGUGAUUAUGGCUUUGAUGUUGCUGGCCUGGCCAAGGAUCCGGUGGCCUUCGGAAAAUACUUUAACUACGAAAUUCUACAUGCUCGUUGGGCAAUGCUAGCAUCUCUUGGUGUUAUUGUCCCUGAGUUGUUAGCUGAACUUGGUGUCGUCCAAUUCAUCGAGCCUGUGUGGUGGAAAGUUGGGUACGCAAAGCUUCAGGGUGAUACACUGGACUACUUGGGCAUUCCUGGACUUCGUAUAGCGGGUGGGCAAGGUGUCCUCAUAAUCGCAAUCUGUCAAGCUCUUCUAAUGGUCGGACCGGAGUAUGCUCGAUACUGUGGGAUUGAGGCUCUGGAGCCACUGGGUUUGUAUUUGCCUGGGGACAUAAACUAUCCAGGAGGCAUACUUUUCGAUCCUCUGGGGCUUUCUUCUGACCCAGAAGCUUUCGAGGAGCUCAAAGUGAAAGAGAUAAAAAAUGGUAGGCUGGCAAUGGUGGCUUGGAUCGGCUUCUAUCUUCAAGCAGCUGUUACAGGAAAAGGUCCAAUUAGGAACCUUUUUGAACACUUAGCAGAUCCUUUCCACAACAAUAUCACUUCUCUUAUUCAUCAUCUAUAGCAAGCGAAAAUGAAAGUAAGCUCAACAAUCUCAUCAUCUUCCGCUUCCGAUUUCCUCGCAAUCCUCAUCGAGCUGUAACAAUCUUCUUGCAAGUUAACAUGAUUGUGUAUAUUGUAGUUGAUUUCACAAAAUUAGGAGGAAAUGGUGCAAUUCCAACUAGUGAUUAACCUUUUUUUUUUGGUAAAUGCAUGUACAUGAUUUUCCAUAAUAUUUUCAUUUCUUUGCUCGGUUGAAUUUAUUUAGUUGAAGAAUUUGGCUAAAA